AUGGCUAACUCACUCACUCAUCACGAUCCUAUCCUAUCCAAGUUCAUGCUGACAAUUCAAUCCAAUCUGCAGGGCGACACUCCCGUCCUCCGCCCUCCCCAUCGCGCAAACCUCCCCCUCUGGCUCGCCCUCCUCCUCAAGAAACAGCGCCGCGCCAACAUCGUCCCGCCCGCCUGGCUGCACCCGGCCUCGCUCGCCGAGAUCAUCCACUACGAGACCAAAGUCAAGCCCGACGCCUUCAGCAGCCCGCCUCCGCCGCCCGCCCACGCCGACGCCCGCGGCGUCGCCCAUCGCGCCAACUCGGACGACGACGGCAGCGACGUCGUCAUCCUCUCGCCGCCCUUCCUGCCCAGCUGCACCGCCGACGCCCCCGCCGGCCACCUGCCCUACCACUGGCUCGAGAUCGCCGAGGCGCUGCUCGCCCACGCCGCCGACGACAUGCCCGCCUCCGCCGGCGAGGUGCGCGGCCUGCUGCGCGACCUGGUCGAGGUGCGCUCCGCCAAGAUGCGCGCCAGCACGACGCAGCUCGAGAGCUUUGGCGGCGGCGUGAUGAACCUGCGGGGCGUGGGCUCGAUGGAGCUCGCGGAGAGCAGGGGGUUCGUGCUGGGCGUGGUGGACGGCGUGCGGAAGCUGGGCGCGAGCGUGGAGGCGAGUAGGCGGGAGGAGGAGGAGGAGGAGGAGAGGAUGGGCGGGAGGGACGAUGAGAGUGAUGAGGAUAUGGGCAUAUGA